AUGGACAGUACCGAUUUUUGGACCACUGAGCAUGUGUGCCUGGGUGGGAAGCGGCGCACAGGACUUGGAACAGCGACAGAGGCAAAACGAACUCCAACACGGUGGGAGACGACACUCGUAUCAAAACGAACCGCCCUAGCAGGACUUGCGCUGACCAAACGACCGAAUCCAACAGUCAGCUCUCUCUCUCUCUCUCUCUCUCUCUCUCUCUCUCUCUCUCUCUCUCUCUCAAUGGCCACCAACAACCAUGUCCUUCUCUCUAAGAUGGCAAUGAACAACGGCCAUGGUGAGGACUCUCCUUACUUCGAUGGUUGGAAGGCGUACGACGCCAAUCCAUACCAUCCAACAGAAAACACUGAGGGAGUUAUCCAGAUGGGGCUUGCCGAAAAUCAGCUUUGCGUUGAUCUUCUCGAGGACUGGAUCAAGAGAAACCCCCAGGCAUCGAUUUGCACGGCCGAUGGAGUGUCAGAAUUCCAGGACAUCGCACUCUAUCAAGAUUAUCAUGGCCUCCCAGAAUUCAGAAAUGCCGUUGCCAAUUUCAUGGGAAAAGUGAGAGGAGGGAGAGUGAGGUUCGACCCCGACCGGAUAGUUAUGAGCGGCGGUGCGACUGGGGCUCAUGAGUUGAUGUCGUUCUGUCUAGCUGACCCUGGCGAUGCAUUCCUUGUCCCCACACCUUACUAUCCAGGAUUCGACCGAGACCUGAGAUGGCGAACAGGAAUGCAACUACUUCCAGUCAUUUGCAACAGCUCUAACGAUUUCAAGAUCACCAAAGUCGCAUUAGAAUCUGCAUACGCAAAAGCCCAAGAAGCAAACAUCAAAGUAAAAGGAGUUCUUGUUACCAACCCAUCUAACCCAUUGGGUACCAUGUUAGACAAAGAAACCCUCAUUAGCCUGGUGAGCUUCAUCAACGAGAAGAACAUCCACUUAAUCUGCGACGAGAUCUAUGCCGCCACCGUCUUCAAUCAACCUACCUUCAUCAGCAUCUCUGAGAUAGUAGAACAAGACCCAAAUUGCAAUUUGAACCUCAUCCAUGUAGUCUACAGCCUCUCAAAGGAUAUGGGCCUGCCAGGCUUCAGGGUCGGCAUUGUCUACUCAUACAACGAUGCCGUUGUUAGCUGCGGCCGCAAGAUGUCAAGCUUCGGUCUAGUCUCGACCCAGACCCAACAUCUAAUUGCAGCUAUGCUUUCAGACGAUGAGUUUGUGAACAUGUUCAUAGCUGAGAGUGGUAAGAGAAUAGCUGCUCGCCACAAGAUCUUCACAUGUGGUCUAGCUCAAGUAGGAAUAGGCUGCUUGAAGAGCAACGCCGGGCUCUUCUGUUGGAUGGAUUUGCGGCCACUUCUCAAAGAAUCGACAAUUGACGGAGAGAUGGCAUUGUGGCGGACAAUCAUCGACCGUGUCAAGCUCAAUGUAUCACCAGGUUCUUCGUUUCACUGCUCUGAGCCUGGCUGGUUUAGGGUUUGUUUUGCAAACAUGGAUGACAAGACAAUGAGAGUGGCGAUAGAGAGGAUCCGAGCCUUCGUCUUUGAAAGCAAGGAGGUGGAGGUGGAGGUGCCAUCGAAGAAACGUCGUUGGCAGACGUCUCUCCGGCUAAGCUUCUCUUCUCGAAGGUUAGAUGAUGUUACCAUGACUCCACGGGGUAUGUCGCCGCAUUGCGCAAUGUCGCCCCACUCGCCGCUUGUCCGAGCUGCGACCUGAUCAUUACCCGCUGUUGGAUCUAUCAUCUAACGGUGGAUGGGUGCAUCAUUUCUUUGAACACAUGGCCUAAAUAGAGCCGAUGAAUUUUUUACAAUAUACAGCCUCAUAGUCAUUGGUUUU